AAAGAUGACUGUAAUUAUCAUAAUAGUUUGUUAAUUAGGUAUAGCUUUAUUGUUCAAGGUGCCUCAUGGGAGAAAUUUUCUCUGGGAGCAAAGUUCAUCAAUCUUGCCGUAGGAUCAACACGACAAUUUUAUAAGAUGCAGCUCAAGUACAGGGUUGCCAUAGAAGAAAGUAUUGCUCGGCACAUGGAGACAGUAAGAAAAGCUGUAGCUGGAGUGCCACUUAGUAUGGCUGUUGAUGUUCGUUACGAUACACCGGGGUUUUCUGCCAACCGAUCAAGUGGAGUAUUUAUGGACACCAACACACGAGCCAUUUUGCAAUUAGAGGUUGGGGAUUCAAGAGAAGUUGGACGCCAUAGCCCCAAAAUGGAGAGACUUCUUAUUGAGAGAGGGCUGCUAUAUUUAGUGCACCAGUCUCCCCUGAUAGUCUGGGAAAUUAUAUCUGAUGCUAGCAGGAACAUAAUAUCCCUCCUAAAAACAGAACCAUUUAAACAUAUCCACCAUAGCCUUGAAAUGUGGCAUAAGGCAAAGAAGCUGGCAGUAACUCUGGCAGAUAUCACAAAGAAAUCAGCCUGUCGACAGCUUUUGCCAUGGAUUCGACCAAUUAUAAACCAUUUUUGGUGGAGUUGCAGUACAUGUAAGGGCAGUGUUGACACUUUGUUGAAACGGUGGAUGGCAAUACUGCAUCACAUAAACAACAGACAUAUCUGGCCAGGUGGAAGAUGCCGUCACCCUGAGGGUGUAACAGAGAUUGAAAACAAGAAGUGGUUAGAAAGAGACUCAGAAGCUUUCAAGCAGCUCAGAAAAGUGGUCACCAACAGGGAAUGGUGUGGUACCAUGCAGUUUUAUACCCACUGCAAGCAAACCUGGGCCAUAGAAAAAAUUUUCAGCCACACCUUUUUACAUUACUGUCCCAAAGCCAACUCCUACAGUUAUGAUUCAUACAGAAUUAGGAACAUCUUGGCUGUCAUGGAUCAUAACAACCAUCUAGGGAGAAUGCCACAAGUAGGAGACGAUGGUGACUCAUAUGCUCAGGCGCAAGUAUCGAGGCGCACGAAGCAGUGGGUAGCAUAUGAGAGGAAAACCCCCAAAGACUUCAAGUAUAUACCAGAUUUAAUGGCUGCCUGCUUGCAUAAGACAUAUGGAGUGCCGGAAAAAGCGUUUUCGAAGAGCAGAAAGUCUUUGGAAUUGGAUAAGGUUGCCAAAAACUUAUCAGGAGACAAAAACCCAGGCUCUAGACUUUUAUUGGCUGAAAAUAAAAGCAGGAAAACCACCGGUGAGAAUUUUAAGGACUUGAUAAUUAACUUUUCAACUAUAAAAACCUUGUUUUAG